AGGGCACUGUUGUUUAGUGCCACGUUGAUGGAGACCAGUGGGGACGUGGAAAUCCGUCUUGAGUCCGGAGCCGGGACCCGGUAGCCUCUCCGUCUGUCCGUCUGUCCGCACAGCCGUUGACCCUUCAGACAGAAAGAGGAACUUGUGUUCGUCACCAGCUUUAAUUGAUCGUUCAUGUGAGAGGGAGCAAAGAAAGAAAGGAAGGAAGGAUGAAACUUAAGGAGAUCAACCGCACAGCCAUCCAGAGCUGGAGUCCCGCACAGCACCACCCCAUCUACCUUGCAACAGGAACAUCAGCCCAGCAGCUGGAUGCCUCCUUCAGCACCAAUGCCUCCCUGGAGUUUUUCGAGCUGGACUUGACAGAGCCAUCUCUGGACAUGAAGUCAUGUGGCAGCUUGUCCUCCUCUCACAGAUACCACAAACUGGUCUGGGGUCCGUAUGGAAUGGAUGCGGAAGGGCAGCCAUCCGGGGUCCUCAUCGCAGGAGGCGAGAACGGCAACGUCAUCUUGUACGACCCUGCGAAGAUCAUGGCCGGAGAGAGCGACGUGAUCAUUGCCGAGAGCGACAGGCACACGGGGCCAGUGAGAGCUCUCGACGUCAACCCGUUCCAAACAAACCUGGUUGCAUCAGGUGGGAAUGAGUCUGAAAUUUAUAUCUGGGACAUGAAUAACUUUGGCUCUCCAAUGACACCAGGACCUAAAACUCAGCCUCAAGAGGACAUCAGCUGUGUGUCCUGGAACAGGCAGGUCCAACACAUCCUGGCCUCUGCAAGCCCGAGUGGCCGGGCCUCAGUGUGGGACCUCCGCAAGAAUGACCUCAUUAUUAAAGUUAGCGACCACAGCAACAGAAUGCAUUGCUCCGGGCUGGCUUGGAACCCAGAAGUUGCCACUCAGCUGGUCAUGGCCUCUGAGGACGACCGGAUGCCGGUCAUCCAGAUGUGGGACUUACGUUUUGCUACCUCCCCUUUCAAGAUUUUAGAGAAUCACACACGGGGUGUCCUGGCCAUCGCCUGGAGUUUGGCUGAUCCCGAGCUGCUCCUGAGCUGCGGGAAGGACAGCAGGAUCCUGUGCUGGAAUCCAAACACAGGAGAGGUGCUGUACGAGUUGCCCACCAGCAGUCAGUGGUGCUUUGACAUCCAGUGGUGCCCCAGGAACCCCGCGGUGCUGUCGGCUGCAUGCUUCGACGGACACAUCGACAUCUAUUCCAUCAUGGGAGGCAGCAACCAGGCGCAAAGCCAGAGACACGCUGACCAGAUAAGCAACUCUUUUGGGAACAUGGAUCCUUUUGGGACUGGACAAAGUUUACCUCCACUGCAGUUGCCCCAGACUGCAGCCCCUUCUGGGACAAUCCUCCCACUGAAGAAGCCACCCAAGUGGAUCCGCAGACCAGUUGGAGCCUCAUUUGCUUUUGGUGGGAAGCUGGUAUCUUUGGAGAACUCCAAGCCGAACCCUCAGCAGCCUCAGCAGCCCACUGCACACGUUGUACAUAUCAGUCAGGUUGUUACAGAAACAGCCUUUUUGAAGCGCUCCGAUCAGCUGCAGGCCACUCUGAGUGCAGGCAGCUUCGUGGAUUUCUGCCAGGGAAAGAUCGAUGCAGCCGAAAACGAGUUUGAAAAGACUCUCUGGUCAUUCCUCAAGGCUAAUUUCGAAAGUGAUAUCCGCAGCAAGUACCUGGAGCUUCUGGGGUACAACAAGGAGGAGCUAGCCUUAAAGAUUUCAGCAGCACUAGAGGAAAAACCUGCUGAACCUCUGCAGGUGGAGGUGCCCGCUCCGGUCAGCCUGCCACCUUUACCGGAACUCCGCUUCAUGCCUCCCAUUGACACUCCCGAGGCAGCGUUCGACAUGAUUGCCGCAGCAAACCUCCAGCCAGAGGCCACAAUGGAACUAGACUCCACUCCUGACCCAGAGACCGAAGAGCUGGCGGCAGCAGAUCCAGAGGACGCUCUUUCCAGCGAACCAGAAGAAAAUCUGGACCAGGUUCUCCAUGAGGAGGAGGCAAAGGAUGAAGCAGAGGAUGAAGCAGAGGAAGAGGAAGCAAAGGAGGAAGCAGAGGAGGAAGCAGAGGAGAAAGAGGAGGAGAAGCAGGAAGAGGAAGAAGAGAUCCCCUUGGAGGAGGAGACGGCGGCACCGAUGGAGCAGGUGGAGGAGGAGGAGCCCAGCCCUGCUGAGAUCUCCCCUCCAGUUGAGGACCACACUGAGGUUCCAGCUUCAGCUCCAGCUCCAACUCCAACCCUGGCUCACACAGAGGGAGUCAGCCUCAGCAUCAGUCAAGAUGUGGACGGGUUGAUCACACAGGCCCUGCUGACCGGAGACUUUGAGGGAGCCGUGGAGCUCUGUCUCCAUGACAACCGGAUGGCAGACAGCAUCAUCCUGGCUAUCGCCGGAGGGGCCGAACUCUUAGAGAAAACCCAGAAGAAGUAUUUCACCAAAACACACAGCAAGAUAACGAAGCUGAUCAGUGCCGUGGUGAUGAAAGACUGGCAUGACAUCCUGAAGACGUGCGAUCUGCAGAACUGGAAGGAGGCCCUGGCGGCUGUCAUGACCUACGCUCAGCCUGAAGAGUUCUCCUCCCUCUGUGACCUUCUCGGGGGCAGACUGGAGGCAGCAGAGGACGCCCAGCUGCAAGCACAGGCCUGUCUGUGUUACAUCUGUGCUGGAAACGUGGAGAAACUUGUGUCUUGUUGGAGCAGAGCGCAGGACGGACACUGUCCACUCUCUCUCCAGGACCUGGUGGAGAAGGUGGUGGUGCUGCGGCGUGCAGUAGAGCAGACCCAGCGCUCUGGUCCCGCUGCUAUCGGCAUCCUGCUGGCUGAGAAGAUGAGCCAGUAUGCCUACCUGCUGGCCUCCCAGGGCAGUCUGUCCACUGCCAUCACCUACCUGCCCGACAACACCAACCAGGUUGCCGUACAGCAGCUUCGUGACCGUCUCAGUCGGGCUCUGGGUCAGCAGCCGGUGGCUCCUGCAGCUCAGGUACAAACCCCGAGACCUCAGGCUCAGCUUCCCACCCGGACUCAGGCUCUGCCCCGGCAUCCGUUCACCCCGAUCCAGCCCGCCAUGGUGCCUCAGCCCCCUGCGCCAGCUCCGGUAGCCAUGCCUACGCCCGCCGCCUCUGCCCCGGCACAGCAGCAGUAUUACCAACCAGUGAGGGCUGCCUCCACUGUCACCUCCUGGAGUAACCAAACUCCAACAGCCCUCCCCAAUGUCCCUCCUCAAGUAGGCAGCGCCUCAGACCAGCAGGCGGAGCCUUCAAACCCCGUGUACGGGAUGCCACCCUCCGGCUCAGCCGCCGCACCUGCACCCUCCUCCACUCCUUACAUGGUGUCCCAUCAGUACCAGCCCUACCCCCCCCAGGUCAGCCAGUACCCACCUGGAGCUGGUGGGGUGUCUAUCUAUCAGCCUCUUCAGUACUCCUCUGCUGCUCCUCCUCCUGCAGAGCCUCCUGGCUUUCUCUCUCAGUACACACAGCCCAUGCCCUCUCAGCCAGCACCUCCGGUCUAUCCCGGACAACCUCCCAUCAGCCAGUGCCUGUCCUCCUCUCCUCCCUCCCAUCCUUCUCCUUUCUUUCCGACCGCCUCUGCCUCCUCCUCCUCCUCCUCUUUUUCUGCUCUUCCGUCCUCCGGAGCGUCUUUCCAGCAUGGCGGUCCGGGAUCUCCGGUGUCGUACAUGCCUCUUCCUCCACCGUGCGGAGUCUCAGGUACACAGCAUGACCCCGACCCCGGGCUGAUCCCCGCCUCUCAGAGAACAGGGCCUCAGAAUGGCUGGAACGACCCUCCAGCUCUGAGCAGAGCAUCGAAGAAGAAGCCGACUCGCGAGAUCUACACCCCUCCUGCCCCCAUCAUGUGCCCGCUGGGCGUUGACCCUCAGGCCCAGCAGGUACCGUCUGGGGCCCCUCAGGGCAUGGUCCAGGGCCCACAUGGUGCCCAGGUCCCUUACUCAGGCAUGCACCAGCAGCAGUUCUCCCCUCCACCCAUGAACCCCGCAAUGCCCAAGACCAGUAUGGAGGGAGCACCGGGAGCACCGACUGGAGAUGUUAUACAGCCUCUGCAGUCCAUCCCUGCUGAGAAGAUCAUGAAGAAGCCCAUCCCAGACGAGCACCUGGUCCUGAAGACCACAUUUGAGGGGCUGAUCCAGAAGUGCUUGGCUGUAGCCACCGACCCUCAAACUAAGAGGAAGCUUGAUGAUGCCAACAAACGUCUGGAGGCGCUCUACGAUAAACUCAGAGAGCAGACGCUCUCUCCCGCCAUCGUAGGAGGACUACACAACAUCGCCAGGAGUAUAGAGUCCAGGUCCUACACGGAGGGCCUCAACAUCCACACUCACAUAGUCAGCAGCAGCAACUUCAGCGAGACGUCGGCGUUCAUGCCCGUGCUCAAGGUGGUGCUGACACAAGCCAACAAACUCGGGGUCUGAUGGGGGGGCAGAGAAAAAAACCUCCGAACUCCUCCGAGUCUUUGACCGGUGGACGGUGGGGAGUGACUGGUCGGGGGUGGAGCUCGUUUCGCGGGGCGCCGCAUCUGACUCGCGGAAGAAUUCUGAGAGAUGUACGAAAAAAAAAUCCUGUUAAAUUCUUCUUUGUGCCAUUCAUGUUUUCUGACGCAACUCAAACACAAGCCAUGCUAUCGGUCACACUCAGUGGUGAAAGUAAAAUUCUCAGCCCCGUGCCAACAAACGCACACAGUAAACGAAGGGCUGGAGGCUGUUUUAAUUCAACUCAACCAAACAAAAUUACUCUAAAUGUUUUGUUUUUAAACGUGUAGUCAUGUGGAUUUAAUGAAUAUGCAAGAAUCUUAUUGAAAAACUGGUGAUCAAACUAUAAUGAAGGCACACAGUGUCAGCGUAUUGGAUAUGGAAGGCCAGUAUUAAUCAGCAAUGAAAACUAAAAUAGGAAAAGCAACGGGAAAGUCAGGAAAUUUUAAGGGCAUUUCCAUCCACCUGUAUUAAGAUGAUCAACAUAAAUGUAGUCAGCUUAAAGAAUAAAGCCGUUCUCAAUGAAUUAGGUAUUAAUAUCUGCAUGCUUUUGUCUCACAACUGCGUGAUCAUGCAAAUCACUUAAAAAAUAUUAGCUUGUUCAUCUUUAUAGUCUUUCAAUAUUUGUGCACUACAACAAUGCUCAGAUGCAUUAUAACCCAUAAAUACAUAGAAUUUUGCGAAGUCAUGCUUUAUUUUUUACACAUAAACGCACCAUUGCCUGCAUGUUGAGCUGCAAAUGAGGCUCCAGAUGAGAAAGGGAUGACAGAGUAUUGAAUUGGCAGUUAGAUUAAUAACCAAUAAUCACUCUUAUAAGCAUUUAAAGCCAAUUUAAUGCUAAGAGGGCCAGUUUUUCUUUUUAAAUAAACCUAAUAUGACUUGUAUCAGUUCUCUGAAUCCUCUGUCUGGAUUUUACCGGCUUACUUUCACCACUGGUGUCACUACAUACAACACAUUGGACCAAGAUACAGUCAGUGUGGGAUAUGUCAAUGCAAAGCAACGCAGUCCCAUUCGUUGAGGACGUUUUCAUGUCGUUUUAAUUUGUUUUUAUUUGUUUUAUCCUUGUUUUGUUUUUUUCAGUGUAAUCAUGAAGCUCAGCAGAGUGCAAUGGAUUUUUAAAGAGACUGUGCUUUUAUGGAAUUUUAAAGUAUGCAUGCUUAAACAAACAGAAACGCUAACAGCCUUCUUUCAACGGCAUUUGAGGUUAAUUGUCUGCUAAUUAAUCCGACCUCAGAAGGAAAACUGGAAGAAGACUUGUACUUGAUUUUCAUUCCAACUAUGAUGAGGGCUGUAGUCUGAGUGGUCAACUUCACUUUAUGUUGUUAAUAAAGGAAAACAAGUCCUUGUUUUAGAUUGACUACAUGCAAUAUUUUCAAUAAAUAGUAUUUAUUUACAAUA